AUGGAGAAUUGUUCAAAGGUGAAGGAGUUCAUCCUUGUGGGAUUAACAGAUUCUUCUGAACUUCAGGUCCCUCUCUUCAUAAUAUUCACUAUCAUAUACUUCAUCACUUUGGUGGGGAACCUGGGGCUGGUGUUCCUGAUAUCAUGGGACUCUUACCUCCACACACCCAUGUACUUUUUCUUAAGUAACCUCUCUCUGGCAGAUAUAGGCUACUCUUCAGCUAUCACUCCUAAAGUGAUGGCUGGAUUCCUCCCAGGGGACAAAACCAUCUCCUAUGGUGGAUGUGCUACACAAAUGUACUUCUUUGUGUACUUUGCCACAGUUGAAAGUUAUCUCCUGGCUGCUAUGGCCUAUGACCACCAGGUUGCUGUGUGUAAGCCCCUACAUUACACCACCACCAUGACAUCUAGUGUGUGCACUUGUCUGGCCAUUGGUUGCUAUAUUUGUGGUUUUCUGAAUUCUUCAAUUCACACAGGAAACACCUUCAGCCUCCAAUUUUGCAGUUCCAAUGUGAUCCAUCAUUUUUUCUGUGAUAUUCCACCCCUUUUGGCUCUUUCCUCCUCAGUGACAUAUAUCAAUGAAUUGGUUGUCUCCUUUGCUGUAGUAUUCCACUCAUCUUUUUCCCUUUUUUUCAUCUUGAAAUCCUAUUUUUUAAUUUUCAUUGCCAUUUUGAAGAUGCGUUCAUCUGAGGGCCGCCAGAAAGCUUUCUCUACCUGUACUUCCCAUCUCACAGCUGUUUCCAUAUUCUAUGGGACAGUAAUUUUCAUGUAUUUACAACCCAGCUCCAAACACUCCAUGGACACAGACAAAGUGGCUUCAGUGUUCUAUGCCAUGGUCAUCCCCAUGUUGAACCCUCUGGUGUAUAGUCUGAGGAAUAAGGAAGUCAGUAGUGCAUUUAGGAAAAUUGUGAGUAAGACUAAGUCUUCAUUAGGUAUCUUUUAUAGCUAA